AUGGAAAAAAGAACGCCCGAAGAGCAACGGACCAUCAACAAUCUCCAAGACAACUGGGUCUGGGUCCCUGGCUGGAUCGAUUCCUCCACUAUCAACACCGCCGGACGAUUGGUUAGAUUCACCCGGAACUUCAAUUUGACAAAGCUGCCAACUCAGUCAUUACUGCAUUUCUCUGCCGAUACGAGAUACAAAUUAUUUGUCAAUGGCACUCACAUCGCCACUGGCCCUGCCCGAGGCAGCCCGUUAAUCUGGUACUAUGACAGCCAGGACAUUGCAGCUCAUCUGCAGGUUGGACGGAAUGAAGUGGAAUUUGUGGUGCUUCGAUACUUUGCCUCUUCUCGUGGAGGCAUGCCAUUCGAGCGAACAUCAUUUCCAGGCUUGACAGCGGUAGGGUGUGUUGAAACAGCUACCGAAACUGUGAAUCUUGAGUCCCUAGAGUCUUGGGUGGCACAGGUGGAUGACAGCGUGAACUUUCCAACUGGACUUGUGGAUGAUGUCUUUCUCCACAUCAAUGAGCGUGUUGACCUCGUCAAGCACAGUCCCACACUGACACCGGUUCCAUAUAACAUCAAGUGUGUCAAUGGAGAGCUUUCACCUUGGCGCUUACGGCCACGUGUUAUCCCAGUGCCGGAAACCCAAGAGGUGGCUAUCAAAACUAUGAAAUUUUGCGACAGCCCUGUCCCUGCUGAAGAAUGGACACGUUUUUUGACUCAGGGUCGCUUACUUACCCUGCCCGCUGGAUCUAGCCAUAUGAUAGAGCUACAGGCAGAUGUUCACUCAACUGCGUUUCUGCGAUGGGUCUUCAGAGGUGUCAAAGGGCCAACUGAGAUUAAGCUCCGAGUCACAUAUUCCGAGGGAUAUGAAUUGGAACCUCGUUCAUACCCCUACUUUAGGUCCAAAGCCGAUCGGCUAGAUGCAUCAAAGGGAGUCAUUAUUGGUCCAUAUGAUGAGGUUGUGCUUGCUAUUCCGGAUACAGAAGACGUGAAAUAUGAGCCUUUUUGGUUUCGAACAUUCCGAGUCAUGCGUGUUGAGAUCACGAUCGGACCCGAGCCAGUCGAGUUGGUGCGCUUUGACGGAACCCAGGUGAAUUACCCUCUGGCUGUCAAAGCUAGCUGGGAGAAUCCUGAGGACCAGAGCAGUAGGGAUAUUUGGGAUGUGUCAAUUCGAACCUUGAGAAAUUGCAUGUUUGAUGGUUACUCUGAUUGCCCGUUUUAUGAGCAACUUCAAUACUCUGGAGACAGCAGAUCAGUUGGGUUGUUCCACUAUCUUCUAUCCGGAGACGAUAGGUUGAUGCGACAAGCAAUUACAAACUUCGCUUCUUCCAUCACACCCGAAGGACUCACGCAAUCCCGCUUCCCGUCCCAUGUCCCCCAGGUCAUUGCUGGCUUCCCACUUUACUGGAUCCUCCAGGUGUGUGAUCAUCACCUCUACUUUGGUGAUGCAAAAUACUCUCGUUCCUUCGUCCCGCGCAUAGACGGGGUCCUAGAUUUCUUUGACUCGCACAUCGAUGAACAAGGCCUCGUGAGCGGAAUUUCAGAGGAUGUAUGGCAAUAUGUUGACUGGGUGACGACCUGGGGCGCGACUGACGAACAUCCCGAUAAAGGAGUCCCAACGUCAGGUCGAAAGUCAAACAGACACACGUACUUCAGCAUGCUUUAUGCAUACGUCUUGCGACAGGCUGCACGACUAGGCCGCGAUGUCGGGCGACCCGGGAACGCUGAUGAAUACGAUUCACGCGCCGAGGCACUGGUUUCCGCUAUUCGAAAACACUGCUAUGAUGGCGAGUUCUUCACGGAUUCGACGGCUGACAUAGCAAGCGAGGACGCAUAUUCACAACACUGCCAAGUAUUUGCUGUUCUUUGUGGAGCUGCGUUAACGGAUGAUCGAGAACGUAUCCUGAUGUGUUCGUUUGGCAACCCCAGAUUUUCGAAAUGCUCGUACGUGAUGCGCUUCUAUCUUCUACGUGCCUUGGCGGUUGCUGGAGACAAGGUGUAUGAAGGCGUAUGGAACGAAAUGUGGGCACCAUGGCGAAACAUGCUCGCGAACAAUUUGUCGACCUGGGAGGAGGAUGAUGUUCGACAACGGUCCGAUUGUCAUGCGUGGGGCAGUGUUCCGAUAUAUGAGUACUGUACUGAAGUUGCGGGAAUAUCUCCCAUCGCAUCUGGAUGCUCUAAAAUACUAUUCAAGCCGCGGCUUCACCUCACAGGGGCCAUGCAUGCGAAGGUUGCACUGGGCCACGAUAAUUUGGCGACUGUCUCUUGGACUACCGAUUCUGACGGCAUAAUCAAUGUGGUGCUUAACUUACAGAAGGCGGCUUCUGUUACCAUUCAAGUGCCAGGUGCGGAUUCGAUGGAACAGGGUCUUGUUAAUCUUGUCAAUUUUGCCUACAAGCCCUUUCAGCCCUCAUCAUGA